CCAAAGGUAUGACACGCUCUCGCACGCGCUCAACCACGCGGCCACGCUCUCACUUUUCUACCAAACACGCACCGUAAGACCACUAAUAGCUAUUUGUCUUGCUACUUCCAAGCUACUAUUUCAAGACUACAAACACUCAACGUCCCACUCGGCUGCACGUGUUGGAACACGUGGCACGAAAGGACGCUCUAAUCAUCCUGCAAAACAAAUGUACACGAAGCACACCCGCGCACCCGAAAUAUGAGACAAAAAAAAAGGAAAGAAAAGGAAAACCCCCCAAUUACUAUUUAAAUGCAAAAAACCAGCAAAUAAAAGCAGAAGCAAGCUCAAAGCAUGCACGAAAACUUAUGAUUUCGUCGUCGCCACGGAGCCCCGAAAAGCACGUCCAUUCGCCACAAAAUCCAAACAAACUCCGAAUGCCCGUAGACGGCCGCCAUCUGGAUUGUGCUGUUGCAAGGAACGAAGCUCGGCGCGCCGCUCAAUGAAUGGGAAAAAUGCUGGAUAAGGGGUUCAUAUUUGAAUUUUCGUGUAACAAAAUUAUGUUUUAUCGUGUAUUCAAAUUACAAUCCGACGCUUUCUUUUCUGUAGGCUGCGCGUAAGUUGUACUUUACGAUAUUUUAUAGGCAUUUUACUUGCAGAAACUCAAUUGGUUCAGUAACGUCACUGCGCUAUACAGGGGGCUUGUGUGACUGGGUAUACGUAGUUCGGAGCGAUUUCUUUUUUUUUAUUUUACUGAAGGACGGUGCACUCUGAACGCGGCAGAGCGACGCCUGAUUUUCUCCUACAUGGGGCCAUUCACGCGUUGCGUUAAUAUCGCGCUGGAGGUUAGUGCGUCCUCAAGUUGGCGGUGGUAAGGACAGCUCGACUCGCGUCGGUGGCGCAUCGACGUUUCUUCCUGCAGCGAUUCGCGCGCAGCUUAGUGCGCGGCUGUUAAUUGCGGCUGAGUUUUCCAACCCUUUUAAUACAUUUCAGACUCUUCAGCUGGCUGGCUGGUGUGCAUCUGUUUGUUGUGGGCUCUUCUGCGUUUAUGUGAAGUUUAUCUGGUACUUGAGCCACAAUCCCACGCCGGAAGGCACGGAUCUAUUUCUGGCAUUCUUCGACAGGAUACUGUGGUCUUUCUUUCUUGCCUGGACCAUACUAAUGUGUGCUACGGGCCGAGGAGGAACUCUGAACAAGUUCUUGUGCUGGAAAGCAUUUGUCCCAUUGAGCAGGCUUUCAUACGGCGUGUACCUCAUCCAUUGGCUGUUUCUCGAACUCAUGCUGCACUCAUCAAGAGAACGAGUCUACUGGUCGCCAUUUAAUCAGUUGACGCUCUCCUUUGCCGUACUCGUCUGGAGUUUCCUGCUGUCAUCCGUGGUCUUCAUCGCAUGCGAGGCGCCGACCGGAGUGCUGGAGAAGCUGCUUUUCAGGAGGUGGAUUGAAGAUGGCGACACCCGAAAGCAAGAACAUCAAGAAUAGCUCGGAGGUGGUGACGUGAAAAGAAAGGACAGGGGCGGAUUAAGGCUAUGAAAUUUCACUAUGCUAUCCAACUAGUGGCCACCGGCCUUGUCAUACUAUGUGUACCGGUACUUGCAAGACCACCAAAGCUAAGCAGCGUUGGGCUCGGUCAGUACGUGUAAGCAUAUUAUUGGAAUAUCAAGAG